CUAACGCUUAUUCGAGUAAUCUAAUGUGCAUAAUAUAUUUCCCUUGUAUAGAACUAUAUACUAAUCCAAUUGAUUACUUCUACUAAGAUCAAUACAGUCAUGUCCUUACAAGAUAUAAUAAACUUUACAAAUAGUACCAAUAGAUUGGUUGCAGCUCUCAAAUCCGUUGAGUUCGAUAUCUUUAAGAUUCAUUCAAGAGGUUUAAAAUCCUACAACACUUUAGUAGAAAAAUUAGAUGAAUAUUUGAAGAACCCUAAUCAAAAUGAAAUUAAAGAGUUUUUAUCUGAGUUGUUGCCAUGGGGAGUUGAGAUUACUUCGGAGAAUCAAGGAGACUUACUUCAUUUAAUGUUGGAUUUAUUCAACUUCCAUGUCUUGUGUCCAAUCAGGUAUCCAAAUCUGAAUCUCCUUUCAUUGGUGCUGUUAAAAGUUGGACUGUUACUUUUUACAUUCUGUUCAAACUCGAAACUUUUGAAGCCUUUAUCUGACCACUUCUCUGGGUACUUUCGAUUAUCCUGCUUUCUUCGCUUAGAUUUACCAAAUAUUCCAGAUGAUGGUGUUUUGAUGCGUCCAAGAUAUGAACCACGUAACCAUACGAUAAAGAAAUUGAUCGGAAACUUUUACCCUUCCAUGCCUCCAAUCGAUUAUCAAUUAGAUGACUUUAUUUCUUGGACUGUGAGAUCAGAAUUAAUUCCUCGCAUCCCUUCAUUCAGAUACAAUUAUAAUCUCAUUAUCCCAAACACACACGAGAUGCCAGUUCAAAAGUUGUUAGAACGUAAUUUGAUUGAGAAUUGUAUUGAAGUAUUAAGUAUCUUAUUAAAUGUCGACAUUCAGAUGGUACCUCAACAGCCAAUCAACGAAGGACCUAGGAAUGAAGGUGCAACAGCUUAUCCAGAUAUCAUUUUAUCUUGCGGUGCAUACAAUAUAAGAAUCCCUAUUGAGGUCAAAAGAUUCGAUAUAUCAUUAGCGAUGUCAAAUUUUGAUAUCACCAGACCUGAAAGUGAAGACAGUAAAAUAUUUGUGGAAUACUACUCUCAAUGUAUUCGUUAUUCUAGGACAUGUCGUUCUCCAAUAUCUAUCUUAAGCAAUUAUAAAGACUUCAUAGUUUUUGACUUACAGAAUGCUGGAGUUUCCGAAGAAUAUGCUGGAUUGAAUCGUUGUAAAAUAUUAAGACAGAUCAGUAGCAACCCAUUGAUCAUAAACUCGGACACGAACUUCAAUAGAGUUUGUAAGUUUUGCAUGAUAUUAUACAAUACUUUCAAAACUCCAUUUGAUAACUUCCCCGAUUUAAACAUUGAAGGAUCUAAAAGGGAAUUGAUUGUAAGAAGCUUAAAUACAAGUUGCCAAGAAUAUAUGGUAAGGUUCAUCAAUAGAUUAAGAGCUGAUAACCAUCAAUAUGAUUUGCGUCCACCUGUAUAUGAUGAUGUGACAAGUCUGCCAAUGCUUCUGCUGUAUACAAACUUUGAGCAAGACUCAGUAGCAUUAUCAAAUCACGAAUUGAAUAUCAAAUCUAGUGAUGUCGCUAUUAUGCGUAAAUUAAUGAAGCUUUUUGAUUUCCAAGAAGUAACAAUGGAAGAACUAAGAGGAAGAAUGGACUUCGUUGAAAUCAUAUCGGGUUCCACAUUCGGCUCGACAAAUGGAAUUCUCUAUAGAUGUGAAACUAUGGAUGGGGAAUUCCAGACUGUCAAAGUGUACGAUCCCAUUAGGUCCGCACAACUUAGUGCUACUAAUGGAGACGGCAUAAAAAGUUUUCUUGAUCUUUUCAGAUCCUUCUGUCUAGAAGUGGCUUGCCUAAGUAUUUUGGAUAAUGAUGCUUUUCCAAAAAUCAAUACAAUAGGCUUCAUCAGAAGCAAUACUGCAACUUACAACCAUGAGCUUGCAGUAUAUGACAACUCAGUCAGUGGAUUAUUUUUCAUUUAUAAAUACAUUGAUGCUGUUCCAUUGUCUACAUUAACACAUCGACAAAGGUUAAGAUUCAAGUCUAAAACAUUAGAUGCUGUUGAUUAUAUGCAUCAACAGGGAUUGGCCCAUUUAGACCUAACACCUCAUAAUAUACUAGUCAACGUGAAUUCGAGAUCAGUAUUUAUUACAGACUUUGGUUUUCUGUUUAUGUCUAAGCAAAGGAAGGAGACUUUUAAAGAAACAGGGAGAAUCAAUAGUAGAAGACAUCUACCUCGUGAUGCUACAAUUGAGUACAGACAGCGAAUUGAUAAUCGAACUGUCGUACAAUGUUUCCGUUCAGACAUUAGUACAUUUUUAAGGGAAAGCAGACGGAAGAAUGCUCUAAUGUUGUGGAGUGAUGACGUUGAGUCUGAAUAUGAGUCUGCAGAUGAUUCUGCAGAUGAGUUUGAAGAUGAGUUUGAAGAUGAGUUUGAAGAGUAGAUCUGUUGGGCCCUCUCUUGGUUUGAUUGUAUAUGUUUUACUGUGUUUAGUGAAUAAAUAGUUGUAGAUCGUGAAAGUUAUCGUACAAAAAGAAUUUGAACUAUUAAGCUCUAAAUCGAACAUUACUAGUAUUUAUUCAUAGCUUAA